UCUUUUGAUUUUACCACGCACGUUGCUAUCGUGUCUACACUGGCAUCCGUUACAUAUACAAUAGUGUGUUUAUGUUGUGACAUAUAAUUUUCACGUUAUUCAUAGAAAUCGACAAUAUAUAAAUUACUGAAAUUCAAUUCGGUCAACAGUCAGAUAAAGGCUGCGACUCUCUUAUCUCGAGGAGAAGAGAAGAAUACUCGAUAGGAAAUCAGAUCGGCGAGUUGACGUUCAAUCAUGUCCAAGAUAACAGGUUAUGAUACGCACGACGACGGGCCGGGAUUUGUGGGUAUUCGAUUUUGCCAGGAAUGCAACAAUAUGUUGUAUCCAAAAGAGGAUAAAGAGAACAAAGUGCUGAUGUACGCGUGCAGAAAUUGCGAUUUCAAGCAACUGGCCGACAGCAACUGCAUCUAUGUGAACAAGAUCAUGCACGAGAUAGAUGAACUGACACACAUCGUGGCUGAUGUAAUAUCGGAUCCUACAUUGCCGAGAACCGAGGAACAUCCAUGCCCAAAGUGCAAUCACAGAGAGGCUGUAUUUUUCCAGGCACAAACUAGGAGGGCUGAGGAGGAAAUGCGAUUGUAUUAUGUGUGCACGAAUCAGCAUUGCUCUCACAGAUGGACGGAGUAGAAGAUACAACCUUUUCGUAUAUUCCUUCUUUUACGUCGUGUGACUUAAUCGCCGGUGAUGUCGCGUUAGAGUUUGUAAGCAAGACAUAUAUAUGUGUAUAUAUAUAAGAAAUGAUAGAUUUGUAUAUGUUAUAAUUGUAACAAAGUACGAUAGUAAAAAUCGAAA